AUGGCUGCGAGGUCCAGGAUCGCCUUCCCGCCCGUGCACGAGGAACUUCUGGGAGUGAAAGUGGAGCAAGACCCAACCGGAAGUCAGAAAUCCGGCCCUCCCGGGGACUGUGAAGACCCAGAAACUUUUCGACAGCAGUUUAGGCAGCUUCGUUACCACGAGGUGGCUGGGCCGCUGGAGGCGCUCAGCCGGCUCAGGGAACUUUGUCGUCGGUGGCUGAGGCCUGAGAUGCGAACCAAGGAGCAGAUCCUGGAACUGCUGGUGCUGGAGCAGUUCCUGACCAUCCUGCCCAAGGAUACCCGGACCUGGGUGCCGGGGCAGCCCCCGGGGAAUUGGGAGGCUUUCAAGAGAGCGCUGGAUGGGAACGUACCGCAGGGAUCCGUGACAUGUGAGAAUGUGGCUGUGUCACUAACCUGGGAGGAGUGGGGACAUCUGGGCCCAGCUCAGAGAGACAUCUCCAGAGAGAGUGCACAGAAAGAGUGCGGGAGCACAGUUUUGCUGAGUUUGGAAACCAGAGCUAAGAACAAACUGAUGUUUCCAAAGCAAGAAAUUUUAGAAGCAGAGCCACAGGUGCAAGAACUAGAAGGGUCUCAAGGGAAAGUUUCCAUGUUUUCUAAGUAUGGUGAUGCUCACAAGAACAAGAUAGAAGAACAGUCAAGAAAGCCCUCAGUAUUGAAAUUUGAAAAUUCUCUUGAAGAACAAGGAUUCACUAGCUCUUCAGUUCUCGGCAAGAAUGGUUCCACAGAAGAGGGUGACACUGAAUUUGAUCACAGUGCCAACAGGGCAGACAUUGCUUUUCAUCAGCAUGUUCAGAUGGCAGGUAGGCCCAUUAACAGUAGUAAACAUGGAAAUAGUAGGUUAGAUAUGUUGCGAUAUCAAGUGGUGAUACCUCAUAAAUCUAUUGACAGUGAGGAAACUUUCCAUAGCUCUGGCCUUUUGGAGACCCAGAGGCAAUUCUGUCAAGAAAGGCCUUAUAGAUGUGGGGACUGUGAGAAGAGUUUCAAACAGCGUUCUGACCUCUUUAAACACCAGAGGAUCCACACUGGUGAGAAACCAUAUGACUGUCAAGAAUGUGGGAAAAGCUUCAGUCAGAGUGCUGCCCUGGUUAAACACCAGAGAACUCAUACAGGUGAAAAGCCAUAUACAUGUUCCAAAUGUGGGGAAAACUUCAGACAGAGCUCGCAUCUAAAUCGACAUCAGAGAAUCCACACAGGAGAGAAAUGCUAUAAAUGUAACGAAUGUGGAGAAACUUGCCAUAUUUCCAACCUUAUUAAACAUCAGAGAAUACAUAAAGGUGAGAGGCCCUAUAAGUGUGAAGCAUGUGAGAAAAGUUUCAAACAGCGCUCUGACCUCUUUAAACAUCAGAGGAUCCACACUGGAGAGAAACCUUAUGGAUGUUCUGUGUGUGGGAAAAGCUUCAGUCAGAGUGCAACCCUUAUUAAACACCAGAGAACUCACACAGGGGAGAAGCCUUAUAAAUGUCCUGAAUGUGGGGAAUGCUUUAGACAGAGUUCACACCUUAUCCGACACCAGAGAGUCCACAGACAUAAAGUUCUGCCAAUUUGA